AGACGUGUGUUCUGAUCUGCUGCUCUACCGUGAAUCACAAACGCCCACAAGAACUCCCACAAUGCUAUCCACCAUAGCUAGAGGCUUACGGAGCGUUCGUAGUGGAUCGGUCUUUCCGCGCACUCGUCAACCGUUCUCCACGCAAAUCGGUGAGAACCGCGCCGAGAAAGGCCUAGUGCUGGGGCUAUAUGAACAAGAAAUCGACACCGAAGAACCGCGUCUUUCGUCCACCGCGAUCCACUUUGAUGCCAAGACCGAUGGGCAGCUAUUGGGCCUUAUUAAAGAAUGUAAUUUGAAGGGAAAGCUAGGCAGCGUGAAAGUGUUCAACAAUUUGGAUCCGGAAAUCGGAUCGGUGGCUGUGGUGGGCUUGGGCAUCGAGGGCGCAGGCUACAAUGAGCUCGAGGCGAUCGAUGAAGGAUUUGAAAAUGUGCGGAUUGCCGCCGGUAUCGGAGCGAAACGGCUGGCCAGUGAAGGUUGCACCCAAAUUUUCGUCGAUCCCAUGGAAUACCCGGAGCAAGCGGCAGAGGGAAGCGGUCUCGCUACCUGGCGCUAUCAGGCAAACAAAUCGAAGAAGGAUCGAAAACCGAUCCCCAAGCUCGACCUGUACGAUUCGCCGGAUGUGGAUGCGUGGACACGCGGCUUAUUUAAAGCCGAUGCACAAAAUCUCGCUCGCAGCCUUUCGGAUGCCCCUGGCAACCAGAUUACGCCUACUUCGUUCGCCCAAGCCGCCGUUGAUGCGCUCUGCCCGUGCGGAGUCAACAUCGAGGUGCGCAACAAGGAUUGGGCUGAAGCGAAGAACAUGUCCUGCUUCCUGUCCGUCGCUAGAAGCUCCUGUGAGCCACCAAUUUUCCUGGAGAUCAGCUACUGUGGCGACGAUAAGGCCGGGCGUCCGAUCAUGCUGGCUGGCAAGGGUAUGACGUUCAACAGUGGUGGGCUUUGUCUUAAGAACCCGGAGGAUAUGGCCCAGUACCGGGCAAGUAUGGCGGGAGCGGCAACCGUCGUGGCAACCAUUCGUGCUGCUGCCGCUCUUUCACUGCCAAUCAAUCUGGUCGGUCUGAUUCCGCUCUGUGAGAACAUGCCCUCCGGUAUGGCCUUCAAACCGGGCGAUGUGGUCAGCUGCAUGAACGGGAAAACCAUCGCGGUCCACGAUACCAACAAUGCCGGAAGGUUAAUGCUUGCCGAUACCUUCAUCUAUGGCCAGCAAACGUUCAAACCGAAAAUCGUGGUCGACGUUGCGACGCUUUCGGAUGGAAUCAUCCACGCUCUCGGCGGUGCCGCCAGUGGAGUGUUUUCAAAUUCCGAUUUUCUGUGGUCGCAGAUGCGCAAGGCUGGUGCCAUCAGUGGUGAUCGCGUCUGGAGAAUGCCUCUGUGGCAGUACUACACUCACAAGGUUACAGAUUACUCAAACGUGGAUAUCAGCAAUGCGGGACGUGGGAAGGGAAGUGCUUGUUUGGGGGCAGCAUUCCUCAAAGAAUUCGUCCCCUGCGUCGACUGGCUACAUCUGGAUAUCACCGGUGUGGGAAUGCUUAAGACGGGUGCCGGCAUUCCCUAUCUUGUGAACGAUAGAAUGACUGGUCGGCCGACCAGAACCCUUAUUCAAUUCCUCUACCAACUUGCCUGCCCGGAACAGCAAAAGCAAGUUCAACAGAAAACUGAACAAAAUUAAUCCCUCUGCAUGCGAUUCGCGCGCAUGAAGUGAUCUGUUUUCUCCGUCUCAAACUCCUAAGCACGGUUUCUAGCGCAGCUUUCUAAAUAAACCUAAAUU